AUGAACGGAAGCCAGGAGGUUGAGCCCCCGUCAGGGGGCUCAAACCGACUGGUCUUUACUAAUAAAAAAUUAACGAUUUUUUCCAAGAGAUCCAUUGCAAUAGACGUAUUAAAUUAUGACCACCUUAUUGAAAAAUUGAUCUCAAGAAUUCGUUUACAUAUCUGUCAGAAACAAUGCCUCAGCCCCUGCGUUAGAAGUCUCACCGGACUCUCGUUAUCUGCUCAAUCCAUUGUCUCUAAACAACAAUUAGAUGCAACACGACUUUUGUUCCAGUUAUGUAUGCAUGAAGAUCCAAUAGAAGGACCUGGAAGAUUCGGGAAAAUCUUAGGAAUAGCGGAACAUCUAAAUAAACAAAGAAAAAUAAUGAGAGAUCUGAAUGCCGCAUUAAGGCUGAAGAAAAAUAUUAUUUAUGUUCCAAAAGUGUUACGAGAGCCUUGCAAUAUCGAAAAUGAUGAGCCGGAAUGGUCUUAG